AAAAUAGUAACUACUAGGACGCUUAUAUUUACGACUCAUCAUCGGUCAUGUAUUUCUUCUACAAAAAAAAACACUAAAUAAAACAGAGCCAUAGUUUCAUUAAUAAUCUUCUCUCGCUUUCUCUCUUUACUUUAAUUCUGAAGAAGGAUGAUGUUACCAGAAGCAUGCGUGGCGACUAUCCUCUCAUUUACAACUCCGGCUGACACAAUCUCGUCGGCGGCUGUCUCAUCAGUUUUCCGAGUCGCCGGAGACUCUGACUUUGUGUGGGAGAAGUUUUUACCGACCGAUUACUGCCACGUCAUCUCUAGAUCGACUGAUCCUCACCGAAUUUUCUCUUCUAAAAAGGAGCUUUAUCGAUGUCUCUGUGAAUCAAUUCUCAUCGAUAAUGGCAGAAAGAUUUUCAAGAUCGAGAAGCUUUCAGGGAAAAUAUCGUAUAUUUUGUCGUCAAGAGAUCUUUCCAUAACUUGGAGCGAUCAAAGACAUUACUGGUCUUGGAGCCCACGAUCAGAUUCAAGGUUUUCCGAAGGAGUCCAACUUAUAAUGACAGAUUGGUUAGAAAUCAUCGGAAAAAUCCAAACCGGAGCUUUAUCGCCGAACACAAACUACGGAGCUUAUCUGAUUAUGAAAGUAACGUCACGUGCCUAUGGACUAGACCUAGUUCCGGCAGAGACAUCGAUAAAAGUGGGAAAUGGUGAAAAGAAAAUAAAGUCAACUUAUCUAAGUUGCUUGGAUAACAAGAAACAACAAAUGGAACGUGUGUUUUACGGACAAAGAGAACAGAGGAUGGCGACGCAUGAGGUUGUCCGAAGUCAUCGGAGGGAGCCAGAGGUGAGAGACGAUGGGUGGAUGGAGAUAGAGCUGGGAGAGUUCGAGACAGGAUCAGGAGAAGGUGAUGACGACAAGGAGGUUGUUAUGAGUCUGACUGAAGUUAAAGGUUAUCAAUUGAAGGGUGGAAUUGCCAUUGAUGGGAUUGAAGUAAGGCCUAAACCCCUAAAAGUGAGGGCCGGGACCAACUAAAAGAUGAGUGCCAAAUUUUGUGUUUACCGGAUAAUGUGUUUGGUUUGGGUAAAAAAAUGUAAGAUGAGAAAACUGUUUUGGUGGGUUGGUAAUAACUCUAAUCGAGUUAUACAUUAUUAAUUUAUAAUACAUUAGAGUAGAUAGUAGUUUCUUUUGUUUGACAUUUAUUUGAUAACAUUCUGAAAAUUGAUUAAUAUCCGUUAGGUAUCA